ACAGAGUUGGAAAAUCUUCUACCAUGCUCACAGACGUUCUUCGGUUAUUCAGUGCGGGAUGUUCGGUCGGUUUGGCUAAGUAGGCGACAAACGCAAAUUUGUGUCACCGGCACGCGGUGUGACAAACACGUUGAGGGAAAGUGUUGCGAUGAUCGUCGUCGUCCGGUGGAGGAUCAAAGCAAGCCGUUUUCCUUCACGGCGGUAGUCUGUUCGUGGAUUUCACCGCUGCUGUAAGCGGAUGCCGUUUUUAGGGAAGCGUGCGUGCGUGCGUGAAAUAUUGAUUACCUUUUUCGGAAAGGUAAAGAAGAAUAGGAAGAAGACGAGUGUGAAUAGCUGGUGCGAAUCAAGCAGAAAAGUGAGUGUUUCGUGCGUGCGCGUUUGUUGAUUCUGCAAAGUUGAUCGAGUAGGCCAUGACCAAGUUCAACAAGAAUCUGUGCAGGAAGACGAAUCAAGCAGUAUCGAUGAAGCAGGGUUACGAAAUGGAGCAUAAAAGCGGUGCAGCCGCGAGCAUAUUGGCAGCCAGUGGUGGUGUUGGAGGAGGAUUCAUGGGUGGGAUUGGUUUCAUGGGGGCAAUGCAGCAACAUCAACAGCAACAUCAGCAGCGUGUCAGUGAUAGUGAGUUUCUUUGUGGGGGUGGUGGGUACAAUGGGAAUGGUGGAAGUGGUGGUGGUGGAGGUGGCGGAUUGACAGCCGAGCAGAAGUUAAAGCUAAACAUACAACAGUUACAGAUCAGACAGAAGCAGUUGCAGUUGCAGAACGAAGACUACGACGAUAACAGUGUCAGUUCGGAGGAUACCCAUGUGCUGGCACCGGUCUCCGGAUGUAUGGCCAGUCCCAAUAGGCCAUGCUUGGCGUGGGCCUGCAAGGCCUGUAAGAAGAAGGGCGUUACGGUGGAUCGGCGGAAAGCAGCCACAUUGCGGGAAAGGCGGCGGUUGCGAAAGGUAAACGAGGCCUUCGAAGUCCUAAAACGCCGCACCAGCACGAACCCAAACCAACGGCUACCAAAGGUUGAAAUCCUCCGAAACGCCAUUGAAUACAUCGACAGCCUGCAAGCACUGCUAGAGGAAACACCUCCGCUCCGGCCGAGCUCCGACGACAUCCUAACCGACAGCAGCUCGGCGUCCAGUUUUUCGUCACCUCAGGAUUACAUGAACUGCUGCUCCAACAGUUACCUGCGCGAACGGUUACACCAGCUCAGCAAGGACAGCGAUCGCUACUCGCCGAUCACCGGCCACACACCGUCGAGCACGGCCAAUGGAUCGAGCCUGGACUGCCUGAACCUGAUCGUGCAAAGUAUUACCAGCGUGACAACGGCGGCGGCAGCGGCUAAUGGCCCAAACGGAGGACCUUCCUCUUCAAGUGGCCACCAUAACCACCAUCAUCCUCAUCAUCACCACACCGCUCCGCUUAACCAAAUUUCGUUCGCGUCUCCGACGUCUUCGACCUCAUCUUCCUCAUCGUCAGCAUCUUCGGCGGCUUCGGUGUCCCCAGUGCCUCCAUCGUCUUCUUCAGGAGCAACAUCAACCACAGCAAUCCGGUCGACGGUUGUGUUACCUUAGAAACCAACAAGCACGGUGUAUCUGAAAUCGUUUUUCAUUACAAAAAGAUCAUCAAUUCUGCAGCCUUUAAUCGAUAGAUGUGAUUUCCUAGCAUCCUUUCCUUGAGUUUGGAAAUGGAAGUACAUAAUAAUGAUUUGACAAUCAAGGGUCAUUUUUGAUGGACAUUUUGGUUUUUGGGUAAAUUUCCGUAGGAGAGUAUGUAGUGUUUGAUUUCUUGGGAGUAGUGUCUGAUGUUUUGGACGCGUCACUUGCUCCUGCGGGGGCGGGUGAUAUGAGCAGGAUCAAUCGUGUUGCG